UUUAUUUAUAACUGUAUAUAUACGCAUACAUACACAUAGCUCCAAAGUGGCCGUCACCAUGGAGAGAGCUUGCUGUAGAAAAUUAUUUUUUAAUUCGAUAUUGUUGCAUUAGUUCAGUGAAUAUUGGGUUUUAAAUACGUUCAUCAAAAAAAGCAAGAUUGGUUUUCAAUAAAGCUAAGAUGCGAGUACGUCGCAUUGUCCGCUUUGGACAAAAAACGAGAAAUAAUAUAUUUUUCUAACUUAUUGUUUUAUCAACAUUUCAGGAUGAAUGGAGGAAUGGAGCAUAAAACUCCAGGGCACAAUGCUGUGCUCCAUAAAGCACCUAAAAAUUAUAAGUUGCUCAUGGACCCAUUCCUUAUGAAAGGAGCAACAAAAUUGUACAGAUAUGAUGGAACUGUGCCUGGGGACACCACAUAUCCGCCUGUGCAGUGUCGAGAUCCUCGCUCCCAGCUUUCGAGGAUAUGGAACAGAUUAGAACCAGCUGAUUUACCAGUCCCUAGGUUUAAGAUAGACAAAAAUUAUGUUGGAACACCUCCCCAACUUGAAGUUACUCUAGCCAAUUUAAAUGACAAUAUUGACAAAGUGUUUCUCUCAGACAUGAUGAACAAAGUUGGGCCUCAUGAGGAAUUAACUAUAUUUUACCAUCCUGUCACGAACAGGCAUCUAGGGUUCGCUAGAAUUGUCUUCCAAGAUGUUAAAUAUUCUAAGAUAUGCAUUGAGAAGUAUAAUGGAAAAUCAGUUAUGGGUCAGGUAUUGGAUGUAUUCCAUGAUCCAUUUGGUAAGCGAUGUCAGGAGAUGUUUGAUGAGAAGACGAUGGAGAAGAAGCCUCCGCCAGUAGUGCCAGUGCAGCCUCCGCUCGAGGAUGCGAGGAUAGCAAAGGUCGAUCCGGCUCUAAGUAAGCGGUUAGAAGAUACCAAGCUUACUGACAAGGUUGACCACACGAAAGACCCAUUUCCACGAAAAGAGACGGAUCACAGCGACAGCAACCAGCGGUGGUCUGACGAUGAGAGGCACGAGCAUCGGCACCGACACCGCAGCAGGGGCGAGCGGGACAGAGAUAGAGAUCGCGAUCGGGACCGAGACAGAGAUAGAGACAGCCGACGUUGCAGGAGGAAAUGUAGAAGAAGACACCGGGACCGCUACUCUCGCAGCACGAGCGAGGCCACGGACAGUCCGUAUGCGGCCUCGAGCCAUGCCGCUACUGAGGUCAGCUUCACGCCCGCGCCGCAGGCAUACGACCCUUACUACCAGCAGAGCUACGGGUACGGGUACGGCGCGGGCGCCACGCCGGGCGGCUCCGGCAUGUGGUGGGGCGACUGGCGCCACCCGCACCAGCACCCGCACCCACACUUGGAGCGGCGCUCGGGCGCGGGCGGCACGCCUUGCGCGGCGGCGGCGGCGGCGGCGGUGACGGCGACGCCGACGCCGGUGUGGGCGGCGCCCGCCACGCCCGCCGCGGCGCGCGACUCGCCCGCGCCGGCGCCCGACCGACCCAAGGUCAUUGACCCGCCACCGACACCGAUUAACAAACCGCAAAAGGCACUGUAUAUUCAUCUUUCCGCAACUGCUGUAUGCUUGCACUGGACGACACGCUGUCGUGAUUGCUCUAUUGUAGUGAUUGGUUAUGCUAGCUCUAUAUGUUUGCCACCAGAGGCGGAGGCGCCGGCGCCGGAGCCGCGGCCGCCGGCAGAGACGGGCGCCGAGCCCGAGAAGCCGCCGCCGCCGGCCGACGAGCCCAAGAAUGUUGAUCUCGAUACUAGAAUAGCAUUGCUGCUGAAGGGCGGCGGUGGCGGCGGGCUGGCUCCGCCGUUUCUAUCCCUCGGCAUAUCCUCAGAAGAAGAAGACGACCAUCUCCCGCCCGUGCCUGACCUUGAUGCACCUCAACCGCCAUCUGACGACGAAGGUUCCGGCAGUGAAGACCGAGGGAGCAUAGUUUCAUUCAACCAGAACAAGGAUCCCGAGCCGGAGCCGCUCUCCACCACGCCGUCCCCUUUCCUGCAGAGGGACUUCUACCUCGAAUGCCUCAAGUCUACCAUCGAAAAGAGAGCAAGAGAAGCGGAACGAAAAAAGUUUCCAGCGAUGGAUAAAAUCGGUUCGGACAUCUCAUCCUCAGAAGACGAGUUGUUAACUGGCGAGGAGCCUCGGCGUUCCCCCGCCGCGCCUCCGAAUCAGGACAAUUUAGACGACGACCAGAUGUCGCUGUCAUCGCUGUCGUCAACAGAGGCGAAGAUCGAGGAGCAGGUGCCGGCGGAGGCGUACUUCUACCCCGCGGCGCCCGCGCAGCCGCAGUACUACCAGCCCCCCAUGUGGCCGCCCACUGCUUACCCUCCGCCGGGCUACGCGGGCGAGCUGCCGCUGCCGUACGGCGCGCCGUUCGCCGGCCCCCCGCUGCUAGCGCAGCCCUACCAGCCCUUCGUGGACCAACCGCCCGCACAGCAAGAGUUAGAUAACCCGUACUUCCCCACAAUAAACUCCAUCAUCGAGCGAGUCACCACGGAGCUGAAGGCAAUCCUGAAGAAGGACUUCAACAAGAAGAUGAUCGAGAGCACCGCCUUCAAGAGCUUCGAGCAGUGGUGGGACGAGCAGAGCAGGAAGACCCGCCAGGCGCCCAAGAAGGAGGAUGCCGCGCAACCGUUACAAGACAUCUCAAACAAGAAGGAAGACACGCUAGACUCGAUAAAGUCUCUAAUGGAGUCGCGCGACAUCGCGCUGGAGCUGGGCGGCUACACGGCGGGCAUCGGGCUCGGGCUGCGCGCCGCCAUCCCCAAGAUGCCGAGCUUCCGCCGCAAGCGCAAGAUACCCUCGCCCGUCGUCAUGGACGAGGACUCCUCCAAGAGGUUGAGCGACCAGGAGGAGAUGGUGCAGAACUCAGACGAGGAGAAGGAGCUCCCUGCAAGCCCACGAACCCGCACGCAGGGCUCCUACCUGUCGCGCCAUCGGCGGCAAUCUAGCAGCUCGUCCAGAUCGUCAUCGUCAUCUUCGUCGCGGUCAUCAACGUCGUCGGCGUCGGAGGCGGAGCCGGAGAGCAAAGGGCCCGCGCCGCGCCUCUACUCCGACAGCGACGACGACUCGGAGCUCGACGAGGCGGAGGUUAACUUCAAGGUUGUGUCCAACAAGGAGCGGCUGCGGAGGGUUUAUUCUUCGUCUUCGGACAGCGAGGAAGAGAAGCAGAGGAGACGAGAAAAAACUCCAAUACCCGACGUGCAAGCGGACGACGAGCGGCUCGGGUCGCCCAUCCUGUCGCCCGAGGAGGAGCCGCGCGACACGCUGCUCGACCGCGUCUACUCCGACUCUGAGGAGGAGCGCGAGUACCAGCGGCUCGGGUCGCCCAUCCUGUCGCCCGAGGAGGAGCUGCGCGACACGCUGCUGCUCGACCGCGUCUACUCCGACUCUGAGGAGGAGCGCGAGUACCAGGUACACGAGUGCUGCAUGCAUACUACUCUCUACACAGGGGGAUCAACCACUGUGAUCAUACCCGACGUGCAGGCGGACGACGAGCGGCUCGGGUUGCCCAUCCUGUCGCCCGAGGAGGAGCCGCGCGACACGCUGCUCGACCGCGUCUACUCCGACUCUGAGGAGGAGCGCGAGGGGAUCAAUGACUGUGAUCAUGCGGACGACGAGCGGCUCGGGUCGCCCAUCCUGUCGCCCGAGGAGGAGCCGCGCGACACGCUGCUGCUCGACCGCGUCUACUCCGACUCUGAGGAGGAGCGCGAGUACCAGGUACACGAGUGCUGCAUGCAUACUACUCUCUACACAGGGGGAUCAACCACUGUGAUCAUACCCGACGUGCAGGCGGACGACGAGCGGCUCGGGUUGCCCAUCCUGUCGCCCGAGGAGGAGCCGCGCGACACGCUGCUGCUCGACCGCGUCUACUCCGACUCCGAGGAGGAGCGCGAGGGGAUCAAUGACUGUGAUCAUGCGGACGACGAGCGGCUCGGGUCGCCCAUCCUGUCGCCCGAGGAGGAGCCGCGCGACACGCUACUCGACCGCAUCUACUCCGACUCCGAGGAGGAGCGCGAGGGGAUCAAUGACUGUGAUCAUGCGGACGACGAGCGGCUCGGGUCGCCCAUCCUGUCGCCCGAGGAGGAGCCGCGCGACACGCUGCUCGACCGCGUCUACUCCGACUCCGAGGAGGAGCCGGCUCUUGUCGCCCAUCCUGUCGCCCGAGGAGGAGCCGCGCGACACGCUGCUCGACCGCGUCUACUCCGACUCCGAGGAGGAGCGCGAGUACCAGGUACACGAGUGCUGCAUGCAUACUACUCUCUACACAGGGGGAUCAAUGACUGUGAUCAUGCGGACGACGAGCGGCUCGGGUCGCCCAUCCUGUCGCCCGAGGAGGAGCCGCGCGACACGCUGCUCGACCGCGUCUACUCCGACUCCGAGGAGGAGCGCGAGUACCAGGAGAAGCGACGGCGGAACACGGAGUACAUGGAAGAGAUCGAGCGCGAGUUCCUGGAGGAGCAGCGCAAGAAUAUGGAGACGGACCAGCGGCCGCCGGACAAGCCGCCCGACACCAGCAAACCCGAAAACAAAUCCGAAGACCGCAGCAGUCCAAUCAAGAACCAUCGCAAAAGCCCAGAAAAGAAACAGGAGAUCGAAGACGGCGAGAUCACGUCCGAGGAGGAGAACCUCCAGGCGCGGCGCAAGCGGGAGCGCAAGGAGAGGAAGGGAAAGAAGAUGGAGAAGAGAGAGCGGGAGAGGGAGAAGGGGGACAGAGUCGAGAAGGUGGAGAGAGUGGACAGAGUGGCGAGGUUGUCCGUCAGCGAGAGCAACACGGAGUCGGCGGUCAGCGUCAACGGGAUUAAAGAGGCACUGUCGUCACCAUCGUCGUCACCGGUGUCGCAGGCGUCGCAGGCGUCGCAAGCGUCGCAAGUGGCGCUCGACCACUCGUACUGCCGCCCGCCGCCCGACCUCGAGCACACCAACCACCUGCAGCAUGACCACGGUUACACAUGGAUGGCGGAGCCGGAGGUGUCGUCGCCGCCACUCGACGCGGCCAAGCCCAAGAAGGAGACGGAGACCAAGAGGCCCUACAAGAGGAAACACGACACUAAGAAACUAGCCGAAAUACAAAACAAACUGGAUACUCGCGAUGACCUCUCGAACGCGGUGGUGUCGGACGUGACGUUCAAGCCGCGCGACAUCAUGGCGGAGAUGCAGGUCAUGUACGAGUUCCUGACGCGCGGCAUCGACCGCGAGGACGUGCAGUACCUCAAGCGGGCCUACGAGGCGCUGCUGGCCGAGGACGCGCAAGGCUACUGGCUGAACGACACGCACUGGGUGGACCACCCGCCCACCGACGUGUGCUACAGCCCGCCCAAGAAGAAGUCCAAGCGGCACACCAACAUCUACGAGGACCUGCAGGGGCACUCGUCGGGGUCGGCGCGCACGGAGGGCUACUACAAGAUGGACGCGCGGCUCAAGGCCAAGUACAAGUACCACCACGGCCGCGCCGCGCCGCUGCCGCCCGACGACAAGAAGGCCAGCAAGAUGCAGACCCAGUCCCGCGAGGCGCGCUCCAACCAGCGCCGCCUGCUCACCGCCUUCGGUACGGAUACGGAUUCGGAUCUAUUGAAGUUCAACCAGCUCAAAUUCAGAAAGAAGCAGCUCAAAUUCGCCAAGUCUGGCAUCCACGACUGGGGAUUAUUCGCACAGGAGCCAAUAGCGGCAGACGAGAUGGUGAUCGAGUACGUGGGGCAGAUGAUCCGGCCGAUCGUGGCGGACGUGCGCGAGGCGCACUACGAGGCCACCGGCAUCGGCUCCUCGUACCUGUUCCGCAUCGACCUCGACACCAUCAUAGACGCCACCAAGUGCGGCAACCUGGCGCGCUUCAUCAACCACAGCUGCAACCCGAAUUGCUACGCGAAAAUAAUCACGAUAGAGUCUCAAAAGAAGAUCGUAAUCUACUCAAAGCAGCCGAUCGGAGUAGACGAAGAAAUCACGUACGACUACAAGUUCCCGCUCGAAGACGAAAAGAUUCCUUGUCUGUGCGGUGCGCCGCAGUGUCGCGGCUUCCUCAACUAAGAAACGUAGGGUAAUGACGAUUGCGAAAUUGGACUAUUUAUACGAACUAUACAAUCGAACAUAAAACAAUGACUCCACAAUAAAAGGUCUCGCAGAUGGAAAAGCUCAACACAGGGAGAUUUGACUGCCCUGUGUCCGCGCACUUCGAUUUAACCUUUUACCAGGCUGUCAUUUCAAAAAACACAAUCAAAUGUCAGUCUUACUCGUCGUCUAUUUUCGACGAGUAGUAGAACACAUGUUGUAAGUACCGUAUGUGGGAAAUGUAUGUCCCUGAGCCUGGUAACGGGUUAAAUUAAAUGUAAUUGCCAAGAUUCUGAUUUUGUUUACCUCGUUAUCGUGAAUAUUCAUGAGAAAGUCAUGGAAAAACGCGGUCUUUGCGUAAAAGGAUGAAGAAUUUGUUGUCGAUUUAUUGAAAAAUCUAAUGAUAGGGUUAUUUAUUAUGAUGUCAAUGCGACGAAAAAAAGAAAUUGAACAUACUUGAGCAUUGACCUAAUGGUAUGUAAGCUCGUUUAAAUAAAUCGAUGUUCAAUUGAAAUCUAUGGCAAUAACAUCUUCCAUCAAAGGCUGGAGCUUCUCAGCGGUUUCUGAAACUGCCUCCAAUAAAUAUGAUUUUUAUAGUCUUUUUGUAUAAAGUGUGGUCGUAAAGUAUGAAUCAGAAUUUGUUUUUUUCUUAUUUAAUGCGAUAAGUCCAGUGCAACUCAAUGUAUGUAAUUAAUAAUCUGAACCAUUGUAUAAUAAGAUGCUGUUUGACUGAGCCUCAAUUAUAAUUCUCUAGAAUUAAAAUGUGUGCUGCAAUAUGCUAGGUGUGUUCAUUAAUUGUGAAUAAUCUGCCGUUGACAGAUAUGUAGUACACUUUACAAGUACAUGGAAUAAAUCUUAAUGAAGUUCUAUAACGAUUGGGAACGUAAUGAGUGUUGUGUUACUGUCUAUUCAUCUGUGAAAUCAAUAAGACUUCAGCAUGGACUACUCUGUAUGCGUCUGAUAAUAUUGUGUUUAAUUGGACAGUGAACUUGCAGGUUUCUAGUUGCACUUAUGUAAUGUAUGUAAAUGUUUAAGAUUGUAAAUAAAGAUUUCAACAAUUUUA